GCGCGGUCCUCACUUAAUAAAACCAUUUGUCCUUUCUGCUGUGAGCAACAAUGUGCUUCUUCUGUUUUUAGCAACCCUUCCAAGUUACCAUCAUACCUCUGUUUUUUAUUUCUUUCCGUUUUCAAAACUUUUCAAACACACUGGAAACUGGCUCUUACCUUAUCUGUCCCUCCUCACACUUUUGUUUGAAAUUUAUUGCUUUCACUCUGUGAUCAAACCCGGGAAGGAAAAAAAUGAAUGCUUUGAGCUCCCUCUGCAUUUUUCGAUCUGACCCAUUAGCCUUAAAUGACAUUCUGGUUAUAAAGCCUCCGAAGAAAUCGCCUUUGUUGUUAAGGAUGUCGGUUCUGAUCUUUUCGAUGGUAUGCGGUGUUUUUAUCUGUUCCGUGUGUUCAAAGCAGAUAAGCACUCAUGCUAGGACUAUGCUUAUGGAGUUGCAAAAUGAGAAGCCUUCGCGGAAUAGAUUGGGCCUAACAGAUGUUCCUUUGUUGCAUUACCCCAAUCCCGUGUCUUUCAACAGGAGUGAGUGUGCUGGGAAUCCUGUGCGGUUCUUUGCUAUUUUGUCAAAUCAGAGAUCAGGCAGUGGGUGGUUUGAGACCCUUUUGAAUAGCCAUAUUAAUGUGAGCUCCAAUGGGGAGAUUUUUUCUGUUAGAGAAAGAAGAGUAAAUGUUUCUACCAUUGUGCAGACUUUGGAUAAAGUUUACAACUUGGAUUGGUUCAGUAGUGCUUCCAAGAAUGAGUGCUCAGCUGCAAUUGGAUUGAAGUGGAUGCUUAAUCAGGGAUUAAUGGAGCACCCGAAGGAAGUAGCAGAUUAUUUCAACCGUAGAGGUGUUUCUGUCAUAUUUCUUUUUCGAAGAAACUUAUUGCGUAGAAUGGUAUCAGUGCUUGCCAACUCCUAUGACCGAUAUGCUAAACUUUUAAAUGGAGCUCAUAAAUCUCAUGUACAUUCCACAGAAGAGGCGGAUACUCUUUCAAAGUACAAGCCUAUCAUUAAUUCUACAUCAUUACUGGUUGAUUUGAAGGAUAUGGAGAUGAGAAUGGCAAAGGCUUUAGAGUACUUCAGCAUCAAUAGGCAUAUGAUCCUGUACUAUGAAGAUUUAAUUAGAAAUCGUACUAAGCUGAAAGACGUUCAAGAUUUUUUAGGAUUGCCACAGAUGGAAUUAAGAAGCCGUCAGAUUAAGAUACACAGAGGAACAUUGUCAGAUCACAUUAAAAAUUGGGAUGAUGUGAACAAGACACUACAUGGAACUGCUUAUGAGUGUUUCCUCCAAACUGAUUAUUCAUCGUAACCUCCUCUAACUCUUGGAAAGGUGUAAAUAUCAACACUUUUUUCUCAGGAAACAGUUUAAAGUUGUCACUGGUUGGUUGCAGUGAGAAAACUGUCUCCACCUUCUGAUUUUUCCACUCCUACGUUCCUUUGUAAUCUUAUCUUUUGAGCAUUUUUUAAUUACUUUGUACACGCCCAACUAAAUUAUGAGCAAAGAUGAGCAUUAGUUUUAUUCAACAUGUAAGCUGCAUUUCAAAGUUUGAGGUAAUCGAUAUGGGACACAUUAAUGUCUUCAAAGUUAAUGUUUA